UCGAAGGUUUAAAAGAUGGCGUUCUUUAAGAAGUUUCUCCAGAAAAUUUGUGAUGAUGACAGCAGCAAGGGUUCUAAAGAUGGUUCUGCAAACUUUGGAACAGUCAAGGCUGAUCCCAAUUUUAAUGCCCAAAAUGAUGCGGAAAAACUGAAGAAAGCCAUUGAGACCAAAGGUGUGGACGAAGCCACUAUUGUGGAGGUGAUAGCAAAGAGGAGCAAUGCACAAAGACAACAGAUCAAAGCAGCUUAUCAGCAGAGUACAGGAAACGCUUUGGCAGAUGCACUGAAAAAGGUUUUGAAGUCGGACUUUGAGGAAGUUGUCCUGGCCUUGCUGAUGACUCCCCCUGAAUAUGAUGCAUUUGAAAUGAAAAGAGCCAUGAAGGGUCUUGGGACAAAAGAGUCUGUCUUAAGUGAAAUUCUAGGGACCAGGUCAAACAAGGAGAUCACAGCAAUGAAAAAUACUUUCAAAGAAGUCUAUGGAAAAGUGCUGGAGGAACAAAUUAAAGGUGAAGUUAGUGGAGAUCUUGAAACUACACUGCUUGCACUUUGCAAGGCUACCAGGAGUGAAGACCAUAAAAUUGACGAUGGGCUUGCAAAGAGUGAUGCAAAGGCUCUUUUUGAGGCAGGAGAGAAUCAGAUCGGGACCGUUUGCUCUGUCAUAAUAAAUGUCCUCACAUCCAGGAGUGAAGCUCAGUUGUGUAAAAUUUUCCAGUAUUAUGGCAAAUACAGCAAGGAGGGUUUGGCCAAAGCAUUGGAGAGUGAGCUUCAUGGAAACCUUGAAGACUGUCUGAUGACCCUGGUGAAGGCUGCUUGGAACAAACCUGCCUUCUUUGCAGAAAAACUCCACCUGUCCAUGAAGGGCUUAGGAACCAACACUGACACACUGACUAGAAUCAUUGUGAGUCGUUCAGAAAUUGACCUGCUGAAAAUCAUUCAAGAAUAUAAGAGGAUGUAUGGCAAAACCCUUCAGGAGGCUAUUAUGAAGGAAACAAAUGGAGAAUAUGAGAAGAUUCUGCUGGCUCUCUGUGGAACUACUACAACUUGGGGAAUAAAAAGACAGGUUCUGUUCCUGAAAUUACUCACUACAGAUCUGCUCUUACGAACUUUACAGAGGAACAGUGUCUUCAAAGCUCGCGAGAUGGCUUUUUUCAAGAAAUUCUUAGAGCAACAAAAUGACGACAAGGGUUUUAAACCUGCUCCUUUUGAGACGGGAUAUUUUGGAACAGUCAAGGCUGCUACUAAUUUUAAUGCCCAGAAUGAUGCUGAAAAAUUAAAGAAAGCCAUUGAGACCAAAGGUGUGGAUGAAGCCACUAUUGUGGAGGUGAUAGCAAAGAGGAGCAAUGCACAAAGACAACAGAUCAAAGCAGCCUAUCAGCAGAGUACAGGAAAAGCUCUGACAGCUGACUUGAAAAAAGCUCUGAAGUCAGAUUUUGAGGAAGUUGUCCUGGCCUUGCUGAUGACUCCUCCUGAGUAUGAUGCUUUUGAAAUGAAAGGAGCCAUGAAGGGUCUUGGGACAAGUGAGGCCGUCCUAAAUGAAAUUCUGGGGACCAGGUCAAACAAGGAGAUUACAGCACUGAAGACUUCUUAUAAAGAAGUCUACGGAGAGCUGCUGGAGGAAAAUAUUAAAAGUGAAGUUAAAGGAGAUAUCGAGACAACCUUGCUUGCCCUUUGCAAGGCAACCAGGAGUGAAGACAGCAACAUUGACGAAGGAUUGGCUAAGAGUGAAGCAAAGGCUCUUUUUGAAGCAGGAGAGAAUCGGAUCGGCACUGUUUGCUCUGUUCUGAUCGACAUCCUCACAAACAGGAGUGAAGCUCAGUUGUGCAAAAUUUUACAAUGUUAUGCCCAACUAAGCAAAGACGGUUUGGCUAAAGAUCUUGAGGGUGAGCUGCAUGGAAGCUUUGAAGACUGCCUGAUGACCCUGGUGAAGAGUGCUUGGAACAAACCUGCCUACUUUGCAGAAAGGCUUCACCUGGCAAUGAAGGGGUUAGGAACCAACACUGACACACUGACUAGAAUCAUUGUGAGUCGUUCAGAAAUUGACCUGCUGAAAAUCAUGCAAGAGUACAAGAGGAUGUAUGGCAAAACCCUUCAGGAAGACAUUCUGAAAGAAACAAAGGGGGAUUAUGAAAAGAUCUUGCUGACCAUCUGUGGAGCUCCAUAGAUAACAAUCAAUAUCUUCAUUCAACUGGAUCAUGCUAAACACAUUUGUUCAUUAAAUGGGUGUAUUCAUGACCAGUGUAAAGCCUAAUCUCCUCAGGGUGUGGCUUUUCUGUAGUGUUUUAAUAAAACUCUUUGUGCAA